UAGGGUUGACCGAUAAUACAAGAAGAGAAACCUGUGAAGCUCUCUUCCGGCUCCCAAGUAUCCUCACUUGGCUUGCAGCCAACCCAUCGUACACGAUACUUGAAGAUACCGUUUUGUAUUUUUAUAUCCACUAUGCUUUCCACCUACAACAUUCAUUACCUUCUUCGUCCAGCUCCUCAUCUUCAUCUUCAAGACCGGCAUCACCGAGAUGAACAAGGCCUACACCUGGCUCAGCAGUUGCGUCAGUUGCGGUGGGCUUGACGUCCAUAGGUUCUGUUUUUGGAGCAGUAAGAGGCUGGAAACAGAACGAUUACUAACAAAAAACAAUAAAAUGUUCCAGACAAGGCAGGUUUGGUCGAGGAUUUUCAUUGCA